AGAACAUAUUUAUAUUAUUCAACUUGGUGAACUUUUUUUCAAUACUCUUAAAGUUAACUUACUGAUGGUCACUCAAAUAUAUAUGAUAUUGAAUAAUAUAACAUAUAUAACUAUAGUAAGUUAUUUAAAUCAGAAAGCCAGGUGUACACAUUCAAUCUGGAAUGUGAGUACCGUUUAUUUGAAAGCCAAUGCUAAAAGAUGCCGCUACUUCCUGGUACAAAUUCUACCCUGUAGUUCAGUUUCACUCCAGUGGUUAAGCAGCAUCCAGAUCAUGUGACCUACAGUACAAGAGGAAACACUUUUUAAUGAUCUAUGCGUCGUACUUAACUCAACAUAUUUAAAAUUAAAGUAUGAACAAUAAGCACAGAACAACCAUAUCUUCAGUAUGAGAAAAGGGGAGCAAUGAUAAUGGAUUUAAAAACCUCGUUUAGUAGUCCUGCAGUGGGUUAAAUGGCACAAGAAUAUACGACAGUGUACUUAAUAAUAAAGAAAGAAAAAAAGUUACCGGCAUGAGCUGUGAUACCAGAGUAACAUAAGUCGUAAUAUAGCGGUUCACACUCUUUUAACUUUUCCACGACGUUAAUAUUUCGUAUUACUUUACUUCCAAAGCGGUUUUUUAAACGUUAACCUGCCGCGCCGUCUCAGGCUAAACCCGGAGAUGAAAGUGUUAAUUUUGAAUGUGCAUACUAAGUAUGUUUUCCCCCUAAACAUUUAUAAAUAUUAUAAUACUUCCUCAUAACCACUGCAUUUUUUUUGUAUCUAACUUCCUCUCUGCAAGUACACUCACUUCCUUAACGUGCAACUGAGAAAAAGAGAGAGAGAACGAGAUAGACGCACUGAUCGAGGCUGGCUGUCAGAGUCCGACUAUUUGGGAGAAGUGUUUGCAGAGUCAAGAUUAUGUUAGAACUGUGGCAGCACUUUACACAUUGUGUGCAGAGCAUAUAACACAUCCAGGCCAGGCUGUCAUUCUCAAUUCUCUGCUUGUAAACCACAAAUGGGCUGCUUGCGGAAGAACUGUUAAGCCCUUUAUUUCAAGAAACUCAGAAUUAGAUGCCAUUACAUUUUAGAGGUUGUUGAAGAGCUGAUCCUGUAAGAAUGCAGAGUAUAAAGUGUGUGGUGGUGGGCGAUGGCGCAGUGGGAAAGACCUGCCUGCUGAUCUCCUACACAACCAACGCCUUCCCCAAAGAGUACAUCCCCACCGUCUUCGACAACUACAGCGCCCAGGUGACUGUGGAUGGCAGGACUAUUAGCCUAAACCUGUGGGACACGGCAGGCCAGGAAGAGUACGACAGGCUGCGCACGCUGUCCUACCCGCAGACCAACGUCUUCGUCAUCUGCUUCUCCAUUGCCAGCCCGCCCUCCUACGAGAACGUCAAGCACAAGUGGCAUCCGGAGGUCACCCAUCACUGCCCCAACACGCCCAUCCUGCUGGUGGGCACGAAGAAGGAUCUACGGAACGAUGCUGAGCUCUUGAAGAAGCUCAAGGAGCAGAACCAGACCACCAUCAGCCAGCAGCAGGGCACCGCACUGGCCCGACAGAUCCACGCAAUCAAGUACCUGGAGUGCUCAGCCCUCAACCAGGACGGCAUCAAGGAGGUCUUUGCUGAGGCAGUUCGGGCCUUCCUCAACCCGCUGCCUGUCACCACCAAGAAACCCUGUGUGCUGUUGUAAACCAAACAAAAGAAAAAUGAUAAGAAAUGUAAUAAUAUUGAAAAUAAUAAUAAUGAGACGGUGAGAGAGUGAUGGGGCUAGUGGUAGAUGUAUAUUGUAACUCUUUUUAUCCAAUACGACAGCCCUCCUAAGUUGUUUUUGAAUUUGGGCUGUACAAUGUUCUGAUAUUUUACUCUUGCUGGAAAGGCAAUUUGUGGACAGACAUUUUCAGACAGCCUCAUGCGGCAGUCUCAUGUUUGGAAGAUUAAGUGGAAUGCUUAGUGAGUCAUAACUACAAUCAGAGUUAUAGCUGGAUAUAGUGCCAACUAAUAUUGCUGUUGUAUCGGAUAAAAAUAAUUCAUUCCAGCCCUGUUUUAGGAAUUAUAGCCACACAUCCUCCAAGAAGUCUUUUUGCUUUGCUUUUUUAAUGCAUUGUUUUCUGCUGGGCUUACAAUCUGUAAUUCUGUCCACUAUUUAAUGUGUCAUUGUGUGUGAGGGAGGGCAGUCAACGCAGGAAAACAUACUUUUGGCACUGAAAACAUAUUUUUCAAACUUGAAAGGUGUGUGUGUGUGCAUGGAAUAAAAAAAAAACCAGUGUGCUGCUUGUACUCAUUGUAAAACUGAACCACCUACAGUAUCUCAUGUGACCUUAUUUUGAAGAGUUCCAGUACACACUUACAGAGGUUGCUGGGUUUUUUUCCAGACGACUAAUAUAUAGAAACACAUUCAGAGCAGGAUGAAAAAAAUAGAGCAAUACAAUCUGACAAUCAUUGUGAAUGGAGGAGAGGAGGCUGUGGAAAUACUUUCUAUAUCAUUAAACUGAUCAACUGUCACAUAUUUAAUAAUAAUAGAGAUUUUGUAUCAGCUUAAAAAAAAACAUUCCUGUGCAUUGCAGUUUAUACACAGUAUUUGUAGAAGUAUAUUAAUGUUUUAAAUGUAAAUACGUCGCAAUUAAAGGAUCUAAUAUUUCAGACGCUUACAUUCUUACAAUCUGGAUACUUCCCCCCAAGAAAGCUCAACAUAUUUUUUAUUUAUUUUUUUAACAAAAUGCUUGCUUUUCAAAGCAUGCUUAUGGGAAAAUGUGGGUAUAGUGAAACUGCCAGUUUGUACUAUCCCUGCUCUGUGAAAUCCGCUCACAAAUUAAACUGGGGUUUUCCUGAGAGGCAUUUUGCACAAUUACAUGUAGAUAAGAACAUAUCAGUACAUAUCGUAUAGGGUGUUUCAGUGUACCAUACCGAGGUUGCAGACACAAAUAGUAAGAUAUCUUAAGUGCUCUGGGUUGGACUGUAAAUAAGUCAAGCACAUAUUAACCUGUUGUUGAGAGCCCUUAGUGUGCCCUACGAAUGACGACUUUCAGUGGUGUGAUCAACUAUUGCCCAUUGUUGAACUCUGAUUGGUGGGGAACAUUGGUAGUGGAGUCUUCUCUGAGAUACUGCUGGAUGCCUAGGACUUCCUUUCAAUCCUGAGUUUCUACAGGAGCAGUAUAUUCUUUGAAAUAGAGAAAACAGCUCUCCUUUUUUUUACCACGGUUUUGUGUCAGUUUGAAAACCCCUUUUCUAUGUUGCAUCUGUUUUUGGAAACAUCCUCUUUUGUAUUCACAAUUGCUCAAUUUCUGCUCAGAAAUGCUAUAAAGCUACCAUAUUGUUACCCCUUGUGUCUCAAAUAUCAAUAUCAACCCCAAAGGCUGCAAUAAUUCCUUUCGACAGGUUUGUUAAUGAAAAGCUUGCUGUAGUUUCUUUAUAAAUUGAUAGAAUAUUUAACUGAAAAUUAGACAUGCACUGCACCUGUCUGCAGUGUAAUACAUAUGUUAAAAAUAUAGAUAUGCCAAAGAAUAACCACAAAAAAAACCCAGACAGGUACGCUGCAAUUUAAUCUCAGGUGGUUAAAAGGUUUUCUGUUUCUUGCCCUGCGUGAAACCAGUGUAUUGCUGUGUAGCGCAGUAGAGCUGGAGCUGUAUUCAUUCGUAAUUCAUUUCAGAAGUAAUUUGUCAGCACAUAGUUAAGAAUGUACAAACACACACAUGGGGGGCUGUUGUAAUAAUAGAAACAGUGCCAGAUCUAAGUACUAUCACCCUUUAACUCUAUAUUAAUCCUGCGGUGAUGUACAGAAUCCCUUAUUAUGCCAUGCUUAACCAACUGUGAUGAGUUUUGAGUGUCUGAUUACAGUAUAUAAGGCACAUUUAAAACGGAUGUAGGGUGUGGUAUCCACCUUUUCAUGACACUGACAUCUCUAAUUUUGUGGCAGGGGAUGUAUGUUAUUAAAAUGGUAACUAAAUACAAUAAAAAAAUAGAGCAGGUUAACAAGUUUAAAGGCAGAGUUACUAAGAUCGGCUGCUGUUUUUUAUCAUUUAAACAGAUGUAGCAGAAACACUUUGGAGCACUCUGAAUGUACAUUAAGAAACAUUAAAGUACUUGUUACCUGUAAAGGAGAAACUGUCGUCAUAAGCAAAAUUGUUAUUUGUUUUUUUCUUUUUAUAACUGCUCAGUGAUAUCUUAAUUAGUUUACAGGUCCUAUAUUCCAAAGAAAUAAAAACAGAACAUUGUACACACUAGGCAAGGCAUUCUUUGCAUAUGGCACUCUACAGUGUUGUGUGUUCUGUUUAUAUACAUACAUAUACAGCAUAGAGACACACCUCUGAACUGUACUGUAUAUUGUGAAUAUUGAUUUUAUAAGAAGAAGUAAUUACUUGCAGCACUAAAGCUGUACAUUUAUUUAAUUCAUCUCUACUAGAUAUGGACUACAAUAUAUAUAUUUUUUUAACAAAGAAUGUCUUAAGCGGUUCUAGACAGAAAUGGCCUGGCCUAAGCUGUGUAAAUGUAACCCUUUCAGUAUGACAGUAAGCACAGGGACCUGGUAGCCUUGGAGUUUAACAAGCCAAACACUUUUUCUGUAUCUCUUUGUACAGGGGGCUGGUUGUCUUUGUUGUGUUCAUUUUUAUGCAAUCUUUGCUUGAAAGUCUUUCAUGAAAUAUUGUUUUGCUUAUCCUUAAUUUAUGAUUUAACAAUUUGUAAUUAAGUAACACUUUUUUAAGUCAUUCAUUUUACGAUGAAACUGUAAACUUUUAAAAAGUAUGUCCAAUUGCUUUAUUUCAACUAAAAUUAAACCAAAGUAUAUAUUCAAGCUGUUUCCCUUUCUGUUAAUAUAUAUUUUGCUGAAAUAAUACAGGAUGGGGAAUUUAUUGCCCAUUUUGCCCCAAUAAAACCCUAGUUAUUCUGUAUUGCCAGUAAAUGGUUAGCAUUUGGGCUGUAGCUGCAGUAUUAUUAAAAUAUGUUUCCCACAAUGUUAUCCAUAUAUACCAAUACAGAAUGAUUGGAUGGGAUAUAUUACUGCAGAAAUUGGUUUCUGCAGUAACAACAGCCAAGACUGAUAUGACAUUCAAUGUGGCGCCAAGAUAUUUAGCAAUCAAGCCAUCGGAGUGGGGUAAAACAGCACCACAAGCUUUCAAAGUUUUUACACUUUCAGUUGGCCUGGGUACAUUUAGGGAUAAUAGUUUCUUUCAUUAUACAGUCGUUACUAAAUUUGUCCUGUUCUUUGUCAUAAUAAAGGCAGAAUUGAAUUAUCUGA